UGCCUACUUCUGUAUUUUAGGUUCUUGAUGGUUGGUUUCAGUUCGAACAAAAAUAAAUUGUGAUUUUCAGAAAAAUUGUAGUAACUUAUUUAUAAAUCUCUUGUACAGUUUUAUUACCGUGUCUGAAAACCAAUUUAAUGCCCUUAGUUGUUUUCUAAGACUUGGAAAAAGUCUUUACCGUUUGAUCUGGAGACGCGUUGCAAAGAUGUCAUUAUUUCGGAAACCAAAAAAAAUACAACGGCGGAUGUUUUGCGCUGAUGAUGAAGAUGAAGUAGAUCCGGAGCCGCCGCCACCACCGUUAAUAAGUCAUGAAAGGGAGAAAAAAGAAAAUAAACCCUUGAAAACCACUUCUCUUCUGAGUUUUGCUGAUGAAGAGGAAGAUGGCGAGGUGUUUAAAGUGAAGAAAUCGUCACAGAGCAAACGACUCGCGAAACGCAGGGAGAAGGAGAGACGGCGCGUCCCUGACGGUGAUAGUAAUAAAUAUGACAAUAACGUGCAGGAGGAGGAGAAGAUGGUGACGGACAGUAAUCAGCAGGAGAAGAAGAAGAGUAAAGUGACAUUGGAGGGGUUGAUAUUGUCGGGACGGGCGGCGUUGGCGGCAGACGGGUCGGGCGACGUGUCGGGCAGCGGGUCGGAUGAAGAGGGGGAGCAGGAGGAGGAGGACCAAGGGCACGGGUUCCACCGGUACCGCGCGGAGUCGGUGAGGGCUGCGCUGGCGGGAGCGCCCGGCCUCAUCCCCGACGCGGCGCUCAUCCACGCCGCGCGCAAGACCAGACAGCAGGCCCGGGAACUCGGAGGAGACUAUGUGCCCGUGAAGACGGAACCUGCUCCAGGGUCGAGGCUCGUGCGGGACGAUGGCUCAGGAGAUGAUGACGAUGAAGAGGGUCGGAUCCACGUCAGGGGGUUGGAUCUGCCCAGUGAUAAGCCUAAACGAGGGACGGCCGCGGCGCCCACUAACGAGGAAUUGGACAGCGAAGCCGAGGAGUGGGAGGAGCAGCAGAUGCAGAAAUCAAUGCCCGCCAUCUGUGAUAUACCGACGAGUAUUAUCCUGCUAGGUGAGAAUAUGUCGGAGUUGAAUCCGUUCUCGGUGGCGCCGGCUCCGCCCCGCCUGCACUCGGAGCCGCAUCUGAGGCCGCUGCCCGCUGUGCCACCAAUACAGUCUGCCAACGCUUUGCUGGUUGCCCUUACUAACAGGUUAGAGGAACUCCAAACGGACCGAGAACAGAGUUCCCUCAAACGUGAAGAGUAUCGGGACCGGCUUCUAAACGCGGCCCGUAUGAGGGAAUCUAGGGCGGCCCGAACUGCGCACCUGGACGCGGCGUACAGAAGAGCCCAGGCAGCCAGGGGCUUCCUUACUGACCUGGUGGAGUGUCUGGACGAGAAGAUGCCGACGCUAGAAGCGUUAGAAGGUCGUGCUUUAGCUUUGGCGCGUCGCCGCUGCGAGUUUCUAGUGGAGAGAAGACGCGCCGAUGUCAGAGAUCAAGCGGAUGACACUCUAGCACUCUCAGCACGUCCCGGCGCCGCUAAGCCCAUAGAAUCCGAAGAGAAGCGACGGCGUUGCGCCGAGCGAGAGGGCAGGAGAAGAGCGAGACGGAUGCGUAGAGAGGAAUGUGCGGCCGCGGCCGGCGCCCCGCCAUCACAUAGGGACGGAGACUCCAGCGACGACAGUCUGCCGCCCAACGAGCUGCAUCUGCAUCAGAGGGAGACAGAGGCCAUCCGAGCGGCAAGUGCGGAGUUAUUCGCCGACACUCUGCCGGCGUGGCGUAACUUGCGCGGCGUAUGCGGUCAGUUGGCUCAGUGGCGACGCCGCUCCCCCGCUAUGUACGCCGAUGCGUACGUCGCCGACUGCCUGCCCAAACUACUGGGGCCUUAUGUGAGACACCAGCUGAUAUUAUGGAAUCCCUUGGCAGAUGAAGAUAAUGAAGACUACGAAAAAAUGGACUGGUACAAAUGCCUGAUGAUGUACGGCGUUCGUCGCGAGCGUUCGUCCAGCACUUCAUCAGGUUCUUCGUCCGAAGAAACUGAAUGUUCUGCGUCCGAAGUUACGGAGGAAGCGGUGCGGAACGACCCCGACUUGGGUUUGGUGCCCGCGCUCAUAUGUCGCGUGCUAAUGCCAAAACUGACUGAAUUGGUUGAGGUGGCGUGGGACCCGGUGUGCGUGCGUGCUUGCGUGCGCCUCCGACACCUGCUCGUGCGCCUGGCCAGCGUGCCCGGCGCGCGCCCCUCCCUCGUGCCCCUCGCGCAAGCCGCGCGCGCCCGCCUCGCGCACGCGCUGCACGCCGACGCCUUCCUGCCGCCGCUGCUGCCCGCUGUGGCAGACGGACCGGCAGGCGUGUUCUGGCGCCGCUGCUUGGGCGCGGGCGUGCGGUUACUGAGAGCCACGCUCGCCUUGUGCGGGCCGCCCGCCCUGCUCAACGCCGAGCCGCUCGUUAUAUCGCUACUGGAGACUCUGUGUUGCGCCGCGGGCGCCGCUCCCGGUCCGAUGGCGGCCGCCGCUGCGUGCGCGCUGUCCGACACCCUCCCCCGCGCCGGGCGCCUGCGGAGCGCCGCGCUGCACCGCCUCGCCGCGCUCGCCACGCGCGCCCUCGCCCGCCUGCAGCCCGACAACCCGCUGCAUCUGAAAGGAUUGGAGCAAGCCCGGAGCGUUAUAGCGGAAGCUAAAGCGGCAGAAUGACCGACACGCUGUUGCAGGAGUAAGCCUCUUAUGCACUAUAGACCCAUUCUGAUAACUUUUUUAGUAUAAUCGGGCACACGGCAGUGCUAAGAAAUCCAAAGAGGUCCGAACUUUAAUCAACACAGCGACCCAAACCACCAUCAUCGAAGUGUCACGUUUUUGGAUGAUGCAUUGCGAUAUUGAAAGCGCCUUUAUUACUUAAUAUUAUUCGUCAUAAAUCACCAAAAGAAAUAUUUGUUUGAUAUGACUAAAAAUAAUGUUUAUGUUAUUUUACUUAAACAUCAGGAAAUUAAAAAUGGCAACUCUAUGGAAAAUGCUGGGGUUUAUAUAAUGUCGUUUCAGCUAUUUAAUUUAUUUACCAGCUUUCUACUAAGUGUAUCAUUCCAAUUGGUAGGAUGGGUCUUGAUUCUUUGUACAACUUGACGAUGAUUACUUCAAGAAAGUGGUUUAGUUUAUGAACAGAUUUUUAUUUUGUGGAAUAAAAAGACACUGUGAAUGAAUGUUUUCAAGAUAGUUAAGGCUAAAGUAUGACAACGCGGUUGUUGUGUAUAUUUCUUACUUAAAAUAUUACGUAUUAUACUCAAGACAAGAAUGGAAAACUGCGUUUCACGCGAUUGUCUGUGCUGGUCAUUGGCCGAAUUAUAAACAACACAGCUUGACGGCAGUUUCAGUUCCAUGAGGAACUAGCUAAAUUGAACUUCUGGGAAUAAUGAAGCAAUGCUUGCUGUAGCUCUAUUUUGUGAAAAGAAUAGAUGCCCUUCAAUAUUUAAAUCUUUUUUCAAUCAACUUCCCACUCGUGUUCUUUCGUACGUUACGAUUAGGAUGAGCGCAAUGUGAAUAAUGUAAUCGAAUACCUAGUUAUUUAUGUAUAACAACUUGUAUAUAAGUAACAUUAAAUGAUUACUUAUUUGUGUGAUGAAAUAAAAUGAUAAUUU